UCUGUUCUGUGCUCCUGCCACGUUCAAAAUGGACUUGGAUACAAGUCUGUAGCAUCUUAACUACAAGGCAAUAAUUUGCCUGUUCCUAAUCACGACUAUCAAAUGUCCUAGGUACCUAAUAAACUCCGGGCACAUAUUAAAAGAUAGGAUGUUAAUUACAUCGGAGCUAAUGAUAGAGGUUGUGUGUUAUUCUGACUGUGUAAUUCAUGUCCUUCCUGUGUUUGGGUUUGUCAGAUUAAAGCACUCAGGCUGUGUCCAAAACCGCAUAUGCGUCCCUAUUAAAUAGCAUGUCAAAAAUAAUGAGCCAUUUAUAUUUCUACAUGGCGUUUAGUAGGGAGGUAUGUGGGUUUGGACGCAGCCUGAACGCUUUCCAGAUGUACACAGCUGUCUCACGGAGGUGGGCUCCCCCCCACCCUCUGUAGGUGGGCUAAAUAUAACUCUUCGAUGGGCUUCAAGACUAGAGCUGUGCUAAACAUACUCCUCAUGCCUGCCUACACACACACACACACACACACACACACACACACACACACACAUACAGACAGGAGCAGGAGAGGUGCUUCAGUUAACUUAAACACAUGUACUGUCCUGGGAACAGUUUUUCUGCUAGGAUGUAUAGCAGUGGAAUAUUUUUGAUCUUUUUUAUCACAUGCCAGAUGCUUGGAUCUCAGAGCCAGGAGUGUAUGAGCAGGCAGGAGGUCCAGAGCACUCUACGCCAUGUCCAUAAGCUGCUCUCAGCGCACGAGACCUCCUUCUUACAGAGCGUACGCAGCCUGCGCAAGAAACUCAACCUGCUACACAACACUACAGUUAAACACAGCAGCAACAUCAGCACAGGCAAGAACAGCACACAAAUAUGCCUGCCUCCAAACCCACCAGUCAAUGGCAGGAUGCUGGGCCAAGUGUUCAGAGUGGGCCAUGAAGUCCACUUCCUCUGCAACCCUGGUUUCCAGCUGUCAGGGCCAGAGACUAGGGAGUGUCUGGAUUCUUUGAGCUGGAGUGGAGAAGAGCCAACCUGCAAGAUGGUAGAUGCUGGAACACACAAUAUCCCUACUUCCUCCACACCCGCAUAUGUGCGUCCCUCCCGCUGUAUAGAGUUUCAGGGCUCCAUGCACUGCACAUGUGAGCAAGGCUACAGCAUCUCUAGCCAGGAAAGAGGCUUGUGCACAGACAUUGAUGAAUGCGAGCUCUUCCGUAUGACCCAACCUGGCCGUCUAUGUUUGCACACGUGUAUGAACACAGCUGGGAGCUACUACUGCCAAUGUCCCACCGGCUACAGCGUCAACAAAGACAACAGGAGCUGCCACGAUAUUGAUGAGUGUGAGAAAGGAGUUCACAACUGUACCAAAGAGCAGGUGUGUGUGAACACUUUCGGGGGUCACAGGUGCAUGGUGGUCGAAUGCCCUCGCUUCCGCAAUGCUUCCUACAUCAAGACCUCACCUCUGCAAUGUGAGCGUAAUCCCUGUGUUCUGGGGAACAAAGCUUGCCUCCAGGCUCCCGUCUCGGUCAACUUUCACUUUAUGUCAGUGGUGUCGAACAUGAGCACUCCCCGCGUCCUCUUCCGGGUUUCAGCGGCCCGUAUUCUGGGAGACGCCCUGCGCUUCGGACUGCUGGGAAAUCGAGGGGCAGGGCAUUUCACCCUUCAGCGCUCGAGCAGACAGAGUGGGGAGCUGCUGCUGGUGGAGCCCGUGCAAGGCCCUGCCACGCUGGAGACUGAGGUAGAGAUGAUCGAGCUGGAGAAGAGAACACUGCUGGGACGAUAUGUUACAAAGGUUACACUCUUCGUGUCCCCUUACAGCUUCUAAAACACAGAGUGAGGAGGAAACAGACUGGAGAAUAAAGUGAUCUUGCCACCCGAGACACCUAUUAUAACUGCCUUACAAACACAGGAACUAAAAACGAAGUACAACAGAUUUCCAGCUGGGAAAAUCCAAAAUCUUUAUUAGAAAGCUAUCAAGAAUCACUCUUAAUUGUGUUUUUAUAGCCUUUUAUGAAUUUAAUUUGACUAUCUAGUUUUAUUUCAUAAUCUAGUGUGUAUUUAAUAACUUUAAAAUGUAAACAUUUUAUCAUAUCUUA